AUGCCCCGGCACCGGCUUUCUUCCGCGGUGCUGCUCCUCCUCCUCUGUGUGGUGGUAUGCUGCGGGAGUGCAGCUGCGAAGGCUCCGGAGAGGGGUCGAAGGAGAAGUUUAUUUGAACUCGACGAAUUGUGGCCGACGGAGACAGAGGCUGCGCCAACUGAGGGAAGGAAGAAGAGGAAGGUAAUCGAACUCUUUCAAAGGUGGCGUACGGAAAUACCCUACGUCGCGAACGGUACGGAGCAAAAGGUGUUGACGAAGGAUUUCAGCGCCCCCUGCGUUGUGGAUGUGAACGGGGUGCUGGUGGCUCUCGCUGAAGCCUCCUUUGUGCCUUCCUCUAAGCUGAAGCAGGUCAGUGUUGUGACCAGGUUCAUUGGGGCCAAGACGGAGGAAGAGAAGAAGCGAAUCUGGGAGCAAGACGGGAGGUACUGGGGGACACAGAUAGCGGUCAACCGCACUGAAGGUUCAUGGCCUGUACCGCUCAGCCCUACUGCGAUUGCCAAGGGCGAUAAGAUUUUCCUUCUAGUGCAAAACCCCAAUGAAGAAUUGGCGGAAGAUGAACUCUUGGGUGAAAUUGGCUCGGAUGACACUUCGGGCGAAUUGGAGCCGAAUGCUGACCUUGCAGAUGCAUUGGAGCCGGUUUCUGAGGGUGAAAAUGGAUCGGGACUGGAGGACCCUGCGGGUGGAUUGGGCUCGGAGGACACUGUGGGUGGGUUUGACUGGGGGUCGGAGGACCUUCUGGGUGGGUUUGGCUGGGAUCCGCUGUUGGUCGUUGGUGAAGUUAAAAGGAAAACGACGACAGGGAGUGGGGAAACAGUGGAAAUCACCUGGCAAGAGCCUGUGUCCUUGAAGGAGAAGCUUGGAAAGUCCCCGAGGCAGUUCCUGGGCGGCACAGGCGCCGCCAUUGUGACAAGUGACGACCAAGUUGUGUUUCCUGUAAAAGCGAUGACCGCCGACUGGGGCGUUGUCUCGCUGGUCAUCCACUCGAAGGACCCCUCAACGCAGGACUGGACGAUUCCAAAGGGGACCACGGCGGAGGGCUGCACAGAUCCCUGCCGUCGUGGAGUGGGAGGGGAAGCUCCUCCUGACCACCCCUUGCGUGGAUGGGGUGCGCAGGGUGUACGAGUCCAGCGACAUGGGGGAGACGUGGACGGAGUCGCUCGGGACGCUCUCACGGGUGUGGGGCAACACCCCAGCCCGCACGGGGGAAGGCGCGCAAGGCGGAUUCAUCACUGCGGAGAUUGGUGGGAAGAAGGUGAUGCUCUUUACGCACCCGAUGCGUUCCCCUGGAAGAGGGAGGUUUGGCCCCGAUCGUCUCCACCUCUGGGCGUCUGA